CAUUUGUAAACACAAAUUCUAACCUCAAAUCAUAAAUUUAUCACAUUUUAGAAUAUUGAACAUUUUUAAUCGAUAUAUGGGAUGAGUAGUGACAAUCUAGACAUUUACAGUUGGGCCACAUCUUUAAUAGAUACACACAAAAAUCCCUCGAAACACUUGGAAGUUAUCGCCAACAAAUCCGUUAUACCUACCAAUAGUGAAACCGAAUCAGCUUUAAUCGACAAGCAUUUGACUAACGUUCUAGACGUAUGUAGUCGAUUGCGUGUAGAGAGACGAUGUGCCAGAGCAGCAGGAUGUUGGCGGCCCGUUGAACGAUUAGUGGAGGUGACCAAGGUGUGCGGCUUAAUAAAUAACUAUGGUUUUGCAAACAAAAGUGGAAAGUAUUUAUAUCCAGAAGAAGCAAUGUUUCUGUUAGAAACUAAUCGGCUGGAGAUAUUUUGGAACGAUGUCCCUAUGAGUAUACAGCAAGCAUACGCGGGGAUAAUUGGUGACAAUCUACAUCAAUACUUAGUUUACAGAAAAUUUUCGCUGGGAGGGUUCCGGUUGAUACGUUCGUCUGGUGAUAGCGAUGAGCCCCCCAAUAAAAAAUGUCGACCACUGUCGAGUACCAACGUAAGUACUGAUGAUGUCUUGAGAGCACUUCAAGAUUGUGGGCCUAGAAAUUACGAACCGACAGAAGUGGAGAGCAAGUUCGACUACAAAGUGUUUGUCCCAGAGCAGUCGAGCAAGAAGACUGAAAAUUUCAAAUUGUGUAUAAGUGAAUCGAAAACCGUUCCACCUGAUGUCUGCCUAAGUGAUGGGAAGACCAUUGUAUCAUAUUCCGAUUGCAAUUAUUCUUGCUUUCAGUAUUGUAGAGUGAAUCUUCCCGAUUUGAAUUAGUGCGCCUGGAAGGGCUCAUGUAGAGCAAGCUAGAUUCAUUUGUCAUACAGACUUACACUGUCGCCAAAGCUUUUGUUACAGCAUACAGAUUCUCGGAAUAUAUUGUUUGCAUAAUUGAUUAGAUGUUGUUGAAAUAAAUUUUUAAAUUAUU